CAUCCAAUAAAUAACUCCCCUUUUACCCACCAUACUUCACUCUUGCACAAAAAUCGUAUCCUUUGGUAGCUAAAAUUUUCUCUCAGCUGAAACUUACUUUUCUACUUUAAGUCUUCUCUCCAGAAAAACAGCAACGCAGAAGAUUCAACUCCUCAAGGUUUUGCCUCUAAUUCAUUCAAGAUGUAUAUCUAUGCCUAAGUUAUUAAUUUUGAGCUCUAACUUUGAGUUUGAUUAAUUAUUUUAAAAAAUUAAUUGCCUACGAAGUAUUGCUCUCUCUCUCUCUCUCUCUCUCUCUCUCUCGGUCCUAGUCAUGGCAGCUCAGGGUUUUGUGUUUUGCGCUCUUCUUCUGCUAAUUGCUCACCAUGUCGGAGCCGAUGAAGUCCCUUUCACUGAGGUCGUCAACGCCUACCAGAGGAAUGCAGUUUGUUUAGACGGGUCGGCCGCUGGGUACCAUCUUGCAUCUGGAUAUGGAGAUGGAGCGAAAAACUGGAUAGUCUAUCUAAAGGGAGGUGGAUGGUGCGAAGACAACCAGGCGUGCCAACGCAACAAAACUACGUCAGUUGGGAGUAGUCGAGGCAUAAACUUUGUUAAUCUCACUGGAAUUCUUAACCAAAGCCCUGAUGUAAAUCCAGAUUUUUAUAAUUGGAAUAGAGUCUACGUUAUCUACUGUGACCAAGCGUCAUUUCUCGGAGACUCCUCGAUUGGUCAAGGAGUAACGCAACUCGACUUCAGAGGGUCUCGGAUUUAUGAUGCUGUCAUAGAUGACCUUCUAGCAAAAGGGAUGAAUUGUGCAGAUAAUGCUAUACUUGCUGGCAGAUCGGCCGGAGGUCUAGCGACAAUCUUGCAUUGUGAUGAAUUUCGAGCACGUCUGCCAAACGCAAGCAGGGUUAAAUGCAUUUCAGAUGCCGGAUUUUUCAUUCGAGCUAGCGAUCUUCCCAAUGCCGACUUCAGACAAGGGUUUUAUGCAUCGAUCAUCAAGUUCCAUAAUAUAUCGAGCUUUUUGCCUAGGUCGUGCACAGAGAGGAUAGAUUCGAAUUUGUGCCUUUUUCCAGAAUACUUUGUUGGGGAUGUCCAAACUCCACUAUUCCUUUUGAAUAGUGCGUUUGAUUUCUACCAGCUUCAAAAUAAUUUGGUGCCUCAAACUUCUCCCGAUUGGGAAAAAUGGAAUAAGGGAUUGGGUGAUUUGCAGAAUUGCCCGGAUUCUCAAAAGCAACUUAUAAAGGAUUUUGGGAUGACAUUCUUGAAUGCAAUUAUGGAAAUCCCCGAUAAUCCAUCACGGGGUCUGUUCAUAUAUCCAUGCUUAACUCAUACUGUUACCACAUCUUCGAGCGAUAAGCAAUCAACGAUUGAUGUGUUUUGGAACCCUAAUUCCACCGUCAAAUUAGAAAAUAUGACCAUAUUGGAAGCCGUGAGCAAUUGGUACUUUGAUCGCGGUUCGAUCAAGCUCAUAGAAAGUCUUGAUUUUCCGCAAUAUUGCUAUAAGUAAUAUAUGAUCUAAAUUUGCAAUUUGUAUUUAUGGAUAUGAUUUUGUAUUAUAUAUCUAUGAAUACGUCUCAGAGUUAAUUAUUUCGAGAA